UCCUUAUGACAGGCAAUGAAACGACGGCCUAACGAGGCAAUGGCAUUAGAGAAGGGGAUGGUCCAGAAGAUUUAAUACCUGGGUUCUAGGAAGUACGCCUAACACCUCAUCUCACCCAUAAACUUUCAACACAUUUGCACGCACCCCUCCCAUGUCUUUCACGAUGAUACGUGGAACCAUUACCCAUAACCAGGUCACCUUAAUUAUGACGACAUAUAGGCCGUAUUCCGCGAAAUUCACAUGCGAGUCUCUGACUCAAGGACAUUCGUCGGCCAAUGGAAAACACGAUUCGCGUGCAAGGGUUACGUGAACCCUACAUAAGUGGGGGCAAAGAUGCCUUGGCCAUCCUCUUCUCCUUCAAAUGUCGUCGAAGUAGUAUUCUGCCGCACCAAGUGUAAUAAAAUGGCUGUUAUUCAUCAGGAUUACUAUUUCCAUCACAACCGCAAAUAUAAGGGAGGUGAUUACUGGUGCUGCGCUCAACGCGGAUGUAAAGUACGUCUCAUUAGCAGUCGUGUGGACCACGAAACGGGCCGAAUGGAAUUCUCCCGUCGCAACAAGGCUAUCCAGCACCUACACCCACCGAAUGCACCAAAUCUCAUCGAAAAAGAGUUUCGUCGUCAGCUGGUCACGCAGUUUGAUAGAGUUACAGCCAGUGAAUCGGGAUCGCCACAACCAGCCACAGCUGCUUCAGUCCGUGUAGUAUACGAUCAGUUACGUCGUCAGGCCUUGGAACGCGGCGUACCAGAGCCUCUGAUUCCCUCGUUUUGGAAUGUACGUAGUACUAUGUACCGAAUUCGUCGCAAGCGGGAAUUACUUCAUACUUCACCUAGUGUAGCCUCGAAUCCCGAAAGAAGAGAGAAUCAUGGAGCUUCAGCUGGAGAAGGAUCUGCUAGAUCAGAGCCAGAAUCUCCAAGCUCAUCCACUGAAGCAUCGGCUAGCCCAGUGCAGACGGAACCUUUAUGUCUGGUCACUUGGAAGAAUAAUGCUCUUCCGGAGCCACAGCAUCAAUAUCAUCGUGCUCUUGCUCACCCGCAUGCUUCUCCGAUCCUAUAUCAAACUCUUCAGACGCGCGGCUCUUCUCCUCCUGUUCCGUCCAUCUAUCAACAGCCGUCGAUGCAGUUUGAAACUACAAGUGCCAUUACUCCAAUGCCGCCAAUCGAUCCGAAUCUUCUACGCUACUCCAGUCAUUUUUUGCCCAGCUUAUUUGCUCCUAUUCCUUCAGGCCAGUCAUCGGAAAUAUUGCAAUAUUACGCAGCCAUGCAUGGCGAGUAUUUGCGCUCGCUCAUCGCUCUCAGCUGUUAUCCUCACGUGUAAUCACCAUUAAUUGCUUCGCUCUAUUCAUUAUUGACGCUCGCUAAUGAUCCAAAAUUGACAAUGGACGUCUCGUCUGGAACAUUUCAACUUAAUUGAAUACAAUCCGAUCAACAGCACGUUGUCGUGGUGAUAACGUUUCUCGACAAAAUGCA